AUGACACCAGUUGCUGUGCUUUUUUCUGGUGGAUUAGAUUUUAUGAUACUUGCAGCUUUAUUAGAUGAGUGCCUAGAUUCAAAAUUUGAAAUUGAUCUGUUGAAUGUAAGUUUUGAUGGUGAAUUAGCUCUUGAUAGAAUCUCUGCUAUGAUGGGUGUGAAAGAGCUGAGAAAAAUCGCCCCUUUGAGAAGGAAAUUGGCGUUUUGA